GUAUAUCAUGUGAACUGUGUCGUUCCAGCCAAGGAUAAAUCGUACUUGCGUGAUUUUUAACAUGAGCUGGGAAAUGGGAGGUGUCAAGAAAAAUGAAAAGCUGCCAAAUCAUCGGAUUAGGUUUUGAGUUGGGUUCAAAUGGGAGAUUGUGACGGCCAGAUUGGCACUCUGGCUGCAAACCUCCUUGACAACUGACCGUAAAGGAGAAGCUGACAAAAUGCCUGUGGACCUGAACGGAUACUGGAAAAUGAUUUCCAAUGACAACUUUGAGGAGUAUCUCAAGGCUCUUGAUGUGAAUGUUGCCAUCAGAAAAAUUGCCACUUUGCUCAAGCCGGACAAGGACAUCGUCCACGAGGGGGAUCACAUUAUCAUCAAAACCCUCAGUACCUUCAAAAACUACAACAUGGAUUUCUAUGUGGGCAAAGAGUUCGAGGAGGAUCUGUCCGGGGUGGAUGAUAGGAAGUGUAUGACCACCAUCACCUGGGAUGGAGAUAAACUGGUGUGUGUGCAGAAAGGAGAGAUUGAAGGAAGAGGUUGGACCCACUGGGUGGAAGGAGACGAGCUUCAUCUGGAGCUUAGAGCUGCAGGAGUCGUCUCCAAGCAGGUCUUCAAGAAGUCCUAAAGUGGUUUCGACAUCCAACGUCCGACAUUCUAAUUAGUCCAUUCAUGCACUCAUCCUCCAUUUCACCCACUGAUAUAAUUUCCUGCCAUGAUAUUGAGCCGCCAAUCAAACGUUGACUGGAUCUUCCACCCUCGAUUGCACACUCCAAAAUGUGACAUUAUGCAUAUUGUGUAGCAUCCUCAAUUGGCUCAGGACGGCCAUUACUUAAAUUAAUUUAUCUAUUUGUAUAGGAGCAUGCAAAUAAGAGUUGUUUAUCAACUAGGUGGACCACAUUGAUGGAACUGGAUGCAACCUAGUUUUAGAAGAAAUGUCAGUUGAAAGGCAUGUAAAUAAAUGAUAUCCCUCCCAAUUCUUUUGGGACUGUGUCGCUGAUAGUCAAAUUAAUUAAUCAAUCAAUAAAAUGAAAUAAGCACU